UGUUGUUAUCAGUGGAUACAAGUGUCCGCCAUGAUUGUUAACAGUAAGUUGUUAACAGCUGCUAUUUAUCAAAUGAAACAUUAGCCUCCCUUAUCUAUUUUAUGUUUUGAUCUACAUCUUAUCAGCGACUCGACCAUUCCACAACUCAUGUCUAAUCCCUCAUUGACCCUCCGCCCGUUAGCCAGGGGAAGCCCGCCUCCUGCCGCUAGCGACAGUCGCCCCUUCGUCGGACCGAGUUAGUUUCCGACGUGCAUGUUUUGUCCGGACGGCCCCCAAGUCCCGAGCGAGGUCGUCGGAUGGCCGGCCAUAGCAGGAGCAUCCGCAUCAACCCGUUACACGAGGAAUACUACCGAGAAAGGAGAAUGAGGAGGUCGGAGGCGGCCUAUUACGGCGACGGCGACUCGUCCGACUCGCCUCCGUACAUGAAAGCCCAAGACAAGACGACGACGGCGGCGACAGCCGCCCCCGGGCCCGGGAGGAGGAUUUGCCCCGACGACGAAGCCGACGUCCCUCUUUUAAACGGCAUCGACGGUUACAACUAUAAUCCACCUGAAGUAAGAGAUUACUGCAAAGAACCAAUGCCAAUGACAAAUUCACAGGCCUGGAAGAAACUUGUCGCUGCCACUACUAUGUGCCUGAUGUUCAUGGUGGUUGAGCUAGUUGGAGGAUACAUAGCAGGGAGCCUUGCUGUCAUGACUGAUGCUGCGCAUUUACUCUCAGACUGUGUUGGCUUCCUUGUGGGCCUCUUUGCCGUAUGGAUUUCCGGUCAACCUCCAACAAACCGUUUUACGUAUGGAUAUCACAGAGCAGAGGUUCUUGGUGCAUUACUUUCCAUUUCUGUAAUAUGGAUUCUCACCGGCAUUUUUAUUUAUCUUGCUGUUGAAAGACUAGUUAAAGCAGAUUUUGAAAUUCAUGCGGAUGCUAUGCUUAUCGUAUCUGCUAUCGGGAUCGCUAUUAACAUCAUCAUGGGUUGUAUUCUACAUACUGGGCAUGGUCAUAAUCAUCAUCAUGGUGGAGCUUCCAAUGAGGACAAUAUCAAUGUCAAAGCCGCUGUAGUUCAUGUAAUAGGUGAUCUUAUUCAAAGCACGGGAGUUUUUAUAUCAGCUCUAGUCAUAAAAUUUUAUCCGUCAGCAAAGAUUGUUGACCCAAUGUGUACAUUCCUUUGCUGCAUUUUAGUAAUGUGCUCAACAAUACCGGUGCUAAGGGAAAGCGUAUGGGUGUUACUUGAAAGUUUUCCACCAGAGCUGGACUAUAUACAGCUACACACUGCCCUGUCAAGGUUGGAAGGGGUUCAAGACGUUCAUUCACUCCAUGUCUGGGCUCUCAGCCCUGCAAAAUAUAUCGCAACGGCCCAUUUAGCUGUUGGUGGCUUUGCCGACAAGGAGGAGGUCUUGCAGAGGGCGCAGUCCCUCUUGCAUGAAAAGUUCCGGCUUGAGAGAUCGACGAUUCAGGUUGAGAGGUCCUUGGGUGACAUAAUAGCUCAAUGACAAUACAUAAACGACGUCAAUAUCUGGCUCGUAUGAUUACGAAGUAGAAUUCCUUUUCCUCCCUUGUUUGGAAUUUUCCCCUCUCCCUUGUUGUAAUCAGGUCCCAGAGGGAAAAUCAACGUGGUAGAAAGAUUGUUAGGAAUUGGAAAACCGGAUUCGGGACGUCGUCUGCUUAAAACUAUUUGCUAAAUUAUAUACGGAUAAUUAUGGAAUAAUCUUACAUACCUAGAAAUAAUAUAAUCAUUUUUUUUCCAAGUUUAUUCAGUGAAAACUUUUAAUUUUUAUUCUCAAAAAAUCAUAGCUGUAAUGAUUAAAAUCAGUUACCUCGUUUUAUUUAUUAUCAAUGUUUUGAAUGAAAUAAAAUAUGUUUAUUAAGUUAGAAACAAUUAAGUUCUAAUUUCUUGCUAAUCUGAGAGAAAGGUUAAAUCAAUGACAUUAUGUAACGUUAUUGGUCAAUAUCAUGUCUCUCUAGUUUAACUUUCUUUCUCAGUGAAGAAAUCAGUUAUAUCAGGCAAAACGAUAAUUAUCAAUAACGAUAAUACUGGUUUUUGUAUUGUUUAAGACCUGAAUUUCCAAGGUGGGGGAAUGUUAUAGGAUUUACAAUUAAUAUUUUAAGGUUGUUGUAUAGGUUGUGCUUUUGUCUAUAGACUGUAUAUAUUAUAUAUUAUGUUUUUAACGGAAUUCCUAAAGAUAUAAAUUCCUAUCGUCAUAUUUUUGUUGGUAUAAUCUUAACAUUUAUAGGUUUAUAACAUGAUUAGAUUUUAUUGAUUCUAGAUUUUUAGCAAUCAUGCAGAAUCAGGUGAACCAUUACAAUGAAUGAAUCUAUGAAUCGUGUUCUUUUUGAAAAAUAUAAUUUAUUUUUGAAUACAAGGUUUUAAAGCCAUAUUAGUUUGUUGCACUCUUGAAAUGAUAAUGUAAAUGAUCUAAGCUUAGAUCAACAGUACAAUUCCACUUGUAGACUGUCUUAUUUAUUGUCAUCGAUAUAUCAUUUACAUAAGAAUAUACCUGACAGGUGUUAUAAAUUAUUGUUAUUUGUCAUAAGUUAUAUAUAAAUAAUGUUUAGCCUUAAUCAUAAGGACGUUAUGAACUGAAAAAAAUGAAAAAGAAGAAGAUAUUGUAAUAUUAGGACAUGUAAUAUAUUAUUAAUAAUGUUGAGAUAAUGAUUAACAGUUAUAAAUGUUCAUUGUCGUAACCUAUGCAAUCCGUGCAUUUAUCUGUGUUCAUCAAAAUUUUGUGGAUCUUCAUAUUAUAGUGAUAAAUACUCUGAUGAAAGCCAAAAACAGUCAAUGGAAUCUGUGGUCAAUGGAAAUGAGUUUUGAACCUGCUGUCUCCUUACCAUUUUGAUUCCAAUUUAAUAUACCUGUAAGUUCAAGUCGUUUGAUUGCCUGUGAUAUGUCGAUAAUUUAGUAGAUUUUUAGCCCCGUUUGUUGGCUAUUAGAUAUCGAAAAUUCCUGACCUCUAAGGAGAAGAAACAAGUGUUCAUACCCUUGCCAAAUGCAAAAUUUUCUUUCAUGCAGCAGUUAGAAUGGAACUAAAGAAAAGACUGCUUUGUAUUGUUAAAAACAAUUUUUUAAAAAGAUUUUUACAUUUUCAUUUAUAACACAAUUUUGCUAUUUGCUCUUUUAAGUCUCAUUUGAGACCUUAGUUUUAAUUAAUUUAUGUGGAGGAGCAGUCAAACACAUGCAUUUCACUGAUGGGAUUUAUCCUUUAGCAUGAUGAUUUGUAUGUUGAAUCGACACAGGGUCUGCCUCCACUCGCGGUUUUUUUUAGUUAUUCAAAAGUAUUUCGGCAUAGCACCAUCUUCAGUGAGGAACGAAUUCAAUCGUUUCACCGACUCGCAGACCAAAACCCAUCAUCAACUCUAAGUUGAUUUGUAAUAAUUAAUAAUUUAAGUUUCAUUAUAUUCUAUAGAACAAAUAUAGUUCAUUCCUUUUUAAAAAGAUAGUUCCUACUCAUAGUACACUUGAAGGAUUUCUACAACAUGAUGAUGAGCUAAGGGCUCGAAAUCCAAAUUGUUGGAAAAAAACUUACUGUGAGUAGGAACUAUCUUUUUAAAAAGGAUUGAUCAACGCACUCACUCCAUCGUUCAUUUCCACAUAUAGUUCUUCAGUUAGGUUAAAUAACAGUUUCAAACUUGUCAGUUCUCUUGGGAAAAAAGUUUUAAAAAUUGUACAAUUGAGUGCCUACAAUUUUAAGCUUUAAACAUUCCAAAUCACCUAUAAUUUUUUUUCUGCAUUGGUUUGCUCAUUUAUAAAUAGUUAAUAAUUUGUGAAAAUCCAACGGUUUUCUAGUGAUUUGCACAUUCCGACUUGUUUGAAAGGUAGAAAGAACUUUAUCUUUCUCGGCAGUAUAGAUGUAGUUUUCCUAUCUCAGCGUGGAAGGAAAUAAGUAUAAUUGUCCGCGUUUUAUCUUUACAAUGUUGUCCAUGAUUAA